GCCAGAAGACCGGAAGUUGUGGCUUUGUUUGUGAAACGUGAACUCUUAUAAAGAGAAGAUCGAAAGAGUCAGUUUGGUGGAUGACGUGAAAAGAUGUCUUCUCUUCGUGUUUUGGUUGGAGUGAAGCGAGUCAUUGAUUAUGCUGUUAAGAUAAGAGUUAAACCUGACAAAAGUGGUGUGGUAACGGAUGGGGUGAAGCAUAGCAUGAACCCUUUUGACGAAAUUGCUGUUGAGGAAGCUGUCCGGAUGAAGGAGAAGAAAAUAGCCAAAGAAGUCAUUGCUGUGUCAUGUGGCCCAACACAAUCACAGGAGACCUUACGGACAGCUUUGGCAAUGGGUGCUGACAAAGCCAUUCAUGUUGAAAUGAAACCAGCAGAAUAUCUCAAUGCACAGCCAUUCCACAUAUCCAAAAUAUUGGCAAAGAUUGCUCAGGAUGAAAAGAUAGAUGUCCUUCUUUUAGGAAAACAGGCUAUUGAUGAUGACUGCAACCAAACUGCUCAGAUGACAGCAGCACUUUUAGACUGGCCACAGGCAACAUUUGCAUCUAAAGUUGCUCUAAAGGAGGGUUUGAUGACUGUAACCCGUGAAAUUGAUGGUGGAUUAGAAGAUAUUGAAGUAAAAUUACCUGCAGUUGUCAGUGCUGAUCUUAGGCUUAAUGAACCUCGUUAUGCAACACUGCCAAACAUUAUGAAAGCUAAAAAGAAGCCUUUAGCCAAGAAGAAAGCUGCUGAUUUUGGUGUUGACUUAACUCCUAAGCACAAGAUAAUCUCCAUUGAGGACCCUCCAGUCAGAGAAGCUGGUCAAAAGGUGGAAUCAGUUGAAGAUUUAGUAGAGAAACUGAAGGCUGCUGGUUUAGUCAAAACGUAAGAUUAGGUUCAAAUUAAGAAAUCUUUGAAGACAAAUUAAGUAGACCCUGGUCACCAAAAUAGAGUUCGGAUUUGAAAGAAAAUCAAAUGAUUUCCUUACAUCAAAUUUUUUGUUUUAUUGAUUUAUUGCAAUUUAUACAAUAAAAACUGUUAUUCUGUAUAA